GCAACAUAACCUUCGUGCAGUGACGUGUUUGUUUUGUGAAUUCUCUGGGACGUUGGAAAAAGGUGAAUAAUAGCGCCCCCGUCAUGUCGUCAUCAGCCAUCUUCAUCUUGGACGUGAAGGGAAAGGUGUUGAUCUCCCGGAACUACCGGGGCGAUAUCGAUAUGGGGGUUAUUGAUAAAUUCAUGCCACUGCUGAUGGAGAAGGAGGAGGAGGGCCUCAUCUCGCCCAUCAUCCAGACACAAGAGUGCACAUUCGCCUUCAUCAAGACCAACAAUCUGUACAUUGUGUCCACGACACGGAAGAAUGCCAAUAUUGCCCUGGUUUUUGUGUUCCUGCACAAGAUUGUCCAGGUGUUUGUGGAGUACUUCAAAGAGCUCGAAGAGGAGAGCAUCCGGGAUAAUUUCGUCGUGAUAUACGAACUGCUGGAUGAGCUCAUCGACUUUGGGUAUCCGCAGACGACGGACAGCAAGAUCCUGCAGGAGUACAUCACACAGGAAGGUCACAAGCUGGAGAUCCAGCCGCGAAUCCCCAUGGCAGUGACGAAUGCUGUGUCGUGGCGCUCGGAGGGCAUCAAAUAUCGCAAGAACGAGGUCUUCCUGGAUGUCAUUGAGAGCGUGAACCUCCUGGCCAAUGCCAACGGCAAUGUGCUGCGCAGUGAAAUUGUGGGAGCCAUCAAGAUGAGGGUGUACCUGUCGGGAAUGCCUGAGCUUCGUCUGGGGCUGAAUGACAAGGUCCUCUUCGAGAGCACUGGACGCGGCAAAUCCAAGUCGGUUGAGCUGGAAGACGUGAAGUUCCAUCAGUGCGUCCGACUGUCGCGCUUCGAGAACGAUCGCACGAUUUCCUUCAUCCCGCCAGAUGGCGAAUUUGAGUUGAUGUCCUAUCGGCUGAACACGCACGUGAAGCCGCUGAUCUGGAUCGAGUCGGUGAUUGAGAGACACGCUCACAGCCGGGUGGAGUACAUGAUAAAGGCCAAGUCGCAGUUCAAGCGUCGCAGCACGGCCAACAACGUGGAGAUCAUCAUUCCAGUGCCUGGCGAUGCGGACUCGCCAAAGUUCAAGACUACCAUCGGCAGUGUGCGGUACGCGCCGGAGCAGAGCGCCAUCAUCUGGACGGUGAAGUGCUUUCCGGGCGGCAAGGAGUAUCUCAUGCGCGCCCACUUUGGCCUGCCGAGUGUGGAGUGUGAGGAUAGCGAGGGAAGGCCUCCGAUCCAGGUGAAAUUCGAGAUACCCUACUUCACGACGAGCGGCAUUCAAGUGAGGUAUCUGAAGAUCAUCGAGAAGAGUGGCUAUCAGGCGCUGCCCUGGGUGCGCUACAUCACUCAGAACGGCGACUAUCAGCUCAGGACCACAUAGUUAUGUCAUUAUCUAUUUUAUCUGCAGCAAAAUAUAUUGUAUCGUGAAGAAA